UCUGACGGCAGGGAACCAGCUGAGAAGAAAAUCACGAGGCCGAUAAAGUGAGAUGAACAGAUACGUACUAGUACUACUACGUAGUUCGUUUGCAAAUUGCGUCCGUGAAAUGCCUGUCUUACUGUUCACAUUUGUCUACAUUAUGAAUUUAAGAAUGAGGAAUUGCUUUAGAACGUCAAUAUUUUCGCUGCAGUGAACUUCAUGUGGCCUGCACAGGGUCAGCGUACCGAUCCACAAGCUUGGCUCCAGUCUGCGCGCUACGUGCGGAUUUGAUCACCGUGCGUGACCCGUAUCUAUAAUACUUGAACCGUUGCAAACGUCACGACUAGGAAGGGUAUUGACCAUGGCAUACAUGGCAAUCGAGCGUGAAUGCUUGUCUUUGAUCAUUUUUGUCGCAUUUUGUCUGAGUCAAGUCCUGCCGCCCGGCAAGCACACCUAUCUACAGUUUGGAGAAAGCGAAGAAGUAGAGUGCCCUCUGAUCACAGAUGAGAACUUCAGCAUCAGAGAUGUCAACUCAGCGUAUUGGUACAAAGACGUUGUAGCCACAGAGAACCUAGUCAUUUCCAAUUUUGAGGGAACUAUCUAUGAAGGCCCGAGCAUUGUCAGCGGCAAGUAUUUCCUGACUGAGCGAUUAUCCCUAGUUAUUAACAACAUCACAGCAUCUGACGAAGGGCAGUUCUUCUGUCAGCUGAAAACUGGACGUCCUGGUUUCCAAACUGCACCCGUAGAUGUAACAGUUUUUGUACCACCCAAUGGACCUUCUCCAGAGGUUGAGGAGUGUCGCCUGACAGACAGCAAAGAUGGCUGCCUGAUAGAACUCCACCCUAAAGAGGCAACUUACCACCUGACAUGUCAUGUGAUCAAUGCCAGACCUGCUGUCAAACUGCGGUGGCUGCGUGUUUUCAACGACGGAUCCACUGAAGAAGUGACAAACAUCACAUACCAAGUCAACGGAACGCUUCAAAAUGUGUCUCAAAUCCAAGAGAACUAUUUGUCUUCCACCUUUGCAACUGUGACAGAGGUUUAUCACGAGGAGACAACACUGCAUUGCCAAGCAACCGGCAUUGCAAUGGGAGACAGGAACGGAGCCUUCGGAAAGUGCACAUUACAAGAUUGGAUAUACCCACAAGUAAAAAGAUCGACAAGAAAUUCGACAUACAACACAGUAAGGAUGACUGAUGUAAACAAUGCUGACUUGGAAAGAGGUGAUGAAACUCUGAGGAGUUGUGCUGACCAGCUCAAGACGUACUACAAAGGAAUGCUUAACACAAUUCGCACUCAUCCAGUUUUUGCUCGUUGCAUCAAUAAAAUCAAAGAUGUGUUCAUCGAUCUGCAACUCUUAAGAGAGACUGGCAAAACUGUGAAGUCUGAAAAGAUGGUUAGGAUUAAAGGAAGACGGGGAUUCUACCCAGAUAACCCGGUCAAGGAACCACUGGACUCCCAAGAUGAUCUCAUACGCCUCUUGCAUGAGGAGGGUCAUGUGGCUUUGGUGGGAACAGCAGGAAGUGGUAAGACGACACUCACCAGAAAGAUUGCCUGCGAUUGGGCAUGUCAGAUGGCAGGUUCCGUCUUGUCACGCUUCAAACUUGUGGUUGUACUUGGGAUGCGAGAAAUCCAAGUCAGUCAGUCCUCGGGACUUUUGGAUGCCAUUCAGAGAAUUCUGCCUAAAGAGACUGAAUUAUCCCGAGCAAAUCUUCGAGACCUUAUCACUAACAACCAGAAGGACACAUUGAUUGUACUAGAUGGCUUGGAUGAGGUGUCGUCGCAGGUGCUGAAUAGUCCACCACCAAAUGAUGAUGAUUUCUCAAUCAAAGAUGUGAUUUCGUUCAAGGCGCUCAGGGACUGCCGUGUCCUCGUAACCACCCGUCCUCACAAGAUGAACGAGCUUGACAGCACCUACGCUGUUGUUGAAACGAUCGGUUUCUCACCUGCAAACAGGGACAAGUACAUUGGGCAGUUCUUUUCCGACAAGGUUGAGAAGGGUCAAGCACUCAUACAAGAGGUCCAGUCAACUGCGUUCAUUCACACCCUGGCCCAGUCUCCCAUCAUGUUGCUUCUCCUCUGUGUCAUAUGGAACCGUGAUGAUACCCUGCCCCAACAACUUACCAAGUUGUAUGAACGAGCUGUGGACAUACUAGUGAGUCAUUUCCUGGAGAAAUACGAAAAUGUCUCACAAGAAGAGGUGAAUGCAGUCAAAGAUGAAGUUGGUCGAGUUGCAUUUGAAGGCUUGAUUGAUCUGGAUGGAGAAAGGUUAGUCUUUCAACCAGAUGAGUUUGGCAACUCCCUGGAAGGUGGAUUGAAAAUUGGGAUUCUGUAUCAGGAGUCAAAAGCAGUUUGCACACAACUUGUAGAGAUGGUCAACUUCCUGCACAAAUCGUUUCAGGAGUUCUUCGCAGCCCAUUACCUAGCAACACAGGCCACUGAGAAGAUACAGAACGAGUUGUUGCCACAGGUAACCGUUGAAAGCAUACAGGAGAAAGAAUAUCUUCUCCGGUUCUGCUGCGGAAUGAACGUCAAUGCUGCUGCUACGAUUCUCCAACAUGUCAAUGGUCUUCAUGAAGAGUUGCAGACACAAGAGUUCUUGUGGAUACAGAAUUUCACACUGGUCCUGGUUUUCGAAGCACAGUCACCUAAUCUCCUGGCAGGUGUUGGGUCCCGUCUGACACUGAAAUACAAAGAAGACUUCCCAGCAAUGGAAUACUACCUGCAGAGGUUCUCUGAUCCAGUUCAGCUAGAAAGACUCAAUAUCCACCUGACACUAAUUACUGACCAAUCCAUCGCCAGGAAGAUCUUAGAAGGAGUCACUGUGGACUCACUUUAUUUCCACAUGGAACUGUCAGAUCAGCUGAAAGAUCAGUUGUCAGAUCUCACGACAACUAUCUCCGAGAUGCAACGGCGAGCUAAGGUCACGAGGCUUUAUGUAACUUCCAGCAAACAGUGUGAUGGGAAAUCUAAUACAGGGGAGUCUGGAGAGGAAAUGGUCCUCGAGAACCAAGUCAAUCAUCUGUGUGACUUCAUCAGACAGCAGCCAGAGCUGAGUGGGUUCGGUAUCGGCCUGGAUGGUAAGAUCCUGCAAUCUCGUAAAGACUUCACAGUGCUUGUCGAUGCCCUCGCCGCAAGCAACGCGACGUACUUGUGUAUUGAAAACAGUAGCUUGCAUGGGUAUCUGCACAGGCGUUCACCACUCUUUGAGAGUCUAACUUCCAUGGUGUUCCGUUGCUGUGGUCUGACUGAUGAUGACUUGAAUGAGGUAUCAACAUCGCUUGCUUCAAGUCCUAGUAAACUCACGUGUCUCUACUUGCAAGAAGGUUCAUUCAGUCACGAUGCAGUGAACACACUCGUGCAGACUAUCGCAGAGCACAAAACCAUGGAUCUGGAGAAGCUCUACCUGGUUGGCAUGGGUCUACAUGCAACAGCUGUCACACAGAUUGUACAAAGGUACCUUCCAAAGAUGAGAGAAUCCAAAACAGGUUUCUUCAUCAAAUAAGAAUCAGGUUAUGUACAUAAUGUACUAGAUUUGUAGCAAUGAAAGUGUGUUCCUUUGAAUAUGUAACAUAUUCUAAUCGUCGUCACGAGGAAAAGGAAACGACGUCAAAAAUAAUAUGAUGCCCAUCAUUUGGAAGGUGAGGCUUCUGGUUAUGACAGCAAAGUACGAACUGGCUGGAGUUGAAGAUGUGGUCUUACCAGAAGGCAGAGGAUUCUGGGGAGGAACCGGGCUGUCUCAUAGGUGGGUGACCAGGUUCUCUCCUGAAGACGAUCAAAGCUGCUGAUCGGAACGUUGAGUUUCACAACCAACUGGUUGUUUUCAGAACCACACAUCUUCUCAAAAGAGAUACUACCACAUGGUGUUACCGCACACCCUCAGUAGGGUCAGUUUGUACCACCACCACUCAAUGUUUCAAAUCUAAUUUAUGUAUAUACUAAUCAAGAUUAAUCCUAUAGAAACAAUAUAGAUUGGCAGUACAACAUGAGGAUGUGAGCUCAAUAUGUGCUAAAUAUAAAAAUAUGAAUUCAUAUACCUCUAGAAUAACCUCAGAUUUUGGAUGUAAUUAAUUUCUUAAGGGUGUUGUAUAUAACCAAGUUUGGUUUUCCUAUGCCAGUAACAUCUCAAUGCAAUUCAGUUUUUAUUAGGUUGCCAGGGUUUACAAGUUGUAAUGUUUAUGUUUUGUACAAGUUAAUAUAUUGUUUUUGACAAUACUUUGUGUGUGUAUUUAUUUUUUACUUGAAUGAGUGCAACUGUUUGUCUUGCGUCUUUUCGUGACAGUAAGCACUAACACUGCUAUAUGCAUUUUGUGUUACCAAUAGUACUGUUUUAACUGUCGGGAUUCUUCAGUACAUCAUCAUCUUUGUCAGGCAAAUUCGUUAAAUAUCUUAACGUAAUUGGCCAUGCCAAUUAGAACAACUUGAAGCUGUAGGCCUAUAAAGAUAAUAUAUUUGGAGAACUACCAAAUGUGCAAAAACAGUACAAGACCAAAAAGUGGAGAGCUUAAAGUAUAUUGUAUAGAGUCGUUUUAGUUCAAUUAGUUCGGGUACAAUGUUACAAUAAUAUAUACGUCUGUGUAAAGUAGUUAUAUGCUAUGAAUGUGCUGUAUAAAAUACGAUAGUGUGUGCAUGUAUGUUUAGGGUAUACAAGAAUAUAUAACAAUGAUAAUUAAUAAUUUUUUUGUUGACUGCUGUGAUGUGCGAUAUGAUGUUUUAUAAAAACGACAAAUCCCACAUCACAGCAGUCAACAAGUGUUUUGUACGGUGCCAAUAAGUCAAAAAGAUAAAAGUUUGUAACUUGCUGUGUGAGAAAUAAAUUAAAUCACUGUGAUGUAACCGUUGGUAACUGAAGGCUUUGAUGUCCUGCUGGGGCCCGGUUUCAUGGCUCUGCUAACAACAGAAUUAGCGCUUACGAUCACCAUUUUUUCGCAAGAAACAAACAAACAAAAAAGAGGUAGUAGAAAAAUGUUGCGCUAACCCAGUAAGCACAGAACUCUUAGUUCAGGGAUGUAAGAAGCCACAAUUCCUCGCUAAGCCGUGAAAUACGCUUACCGUGUACGACCUCUAAGACCAUCGAUCCGGCAUUUCAACACCGUUGAUUUUUAAUAAAAACCGCUCUCUUGUUUCGCGCAAGGUAAUGAUGUUAUCACGGUUAAUUAAAGAUUGUGUCGAUAUUUGUGGCUUAAAAAUACAUUAUAUCAUUUGAAACCGGCUCCCAUGCACAAAACCCUGACAAAAUUAAACACAUUUUGUUGUUUUUUAGGUUUGGAAAAUUUCAAAUUUCUGAAACAAAAUGGCAAUGCUUUGAAUGAUGGGUAAUUGAAGCAGGUGUCAUUUGAAAGUAAUUCCCAAGAGCAAAGAGGAGGUUGAGUGAGUUCAUGCCGACUUGCUAUUGGGAGCUAAAGGGCAUGCUC